AUGGGAACAGGAGCUUACACGUAUGUCUCGGAGUUAUGGAGGAAGAAGCAAUCUGAUGUGAUGAGGUUCUUGCAGAGGGUGAGGUGUUGGGAGUACCGCCAGCAUCCUUCAAUUGUUCGGGUCACUCAUCCUACUCGUCCUGACAAGGCCCGUCGCUUGGGCUACAAGGCCAAGCAGGGUUAUGUCGUUUACCGUGUUCGGGUUAGGCGUGGUGGGCGUAAGAGGCCUGUUCCCAAGGGUAUUGUGUAUGGUAAGCCCACCAACCAGGGUGUCACUCAACUGAAGUUUCAGCGGAGCAAGAGGUCAGUUGCUGAGGAGCGUGCUGGUCGUAAGUUGGGAGGUCUCAGGGUUGUUAAUUCAUACUGGAUCAAUGAGGACUCCACUUACAAGUAUUUUGAAGUAAUUCUAGUUGAUCCCGCACACAGUGCUAUCCGCAAUGACCCAAGAAUUCAUUGGAUCUGCAACCCUGUCCACAAGCACAGGGAACUUCGAGGCCUCACAUCUGCAGGAAAGAAGUACAGAGGUCUAAGAGGAAGGGGACACUUGCACCACAAGGCUCGUCCGUCUCGCAGAGCUACCUGGAAGAGAAACAAUACCCUUUCUCUUCGUCGCUACCGUUAAUCUUAGCAUGUGCUUAGUAUUACCGUCACAGUGUGGAUUUUG